GAAAACAAAUCAGUCUGUAAUAUCAAUCAAGCUCUCAGAGUUUGUUUUCUUUUCAUUUUCUUCCAACUAGUCUUUUUUUUUUCCUUAAAUUGAAAAACCAUUAAAAUAUAUUAUUUCCCCCAAAUUAUUUUAUCUUCUCAGUUAUAAAUUCCAAUCUCCAUCCUUUAUUCUCACUCCCUCCCUCACUCACUCUUGUCACUGUCUUUUAAGAACCCUAACUAGAUUUUCUCAUCAAAAAAGCAUUGGAUCUAUUUAUACAAGUUUUCAACCUUUCCAUGGAUUCAAUUCAAGAUUUUAUGGACUCAUGUAACUCUGAAAACACUUGCAGCCUCAACAACAGCACCAUCACCACCAACAACAACAACAGCACCAACAACAACACCACCACCUUAAUCUGCACCUCUUCUCCUUCUGGCUCCACCACCACCAGCAGCCGCUAUGAAAACCAGAAACGCCGUGACUGGAACACUUUUGGACAGUACCUCAAGAAUCACCGCCCUCCUCUCUCCCUCUCCAGAUGCAGCGGUGCACAUGUCCUUGAAUUUCUCCGGUACUUGGAUCAAUUUGGCAAAACAAAAGUGCACACACCAAUUUGUCCAUUCUAUGGCCACCCAAACCCACCAGCACCAUGUCCAUGUCCAUUAAGACAAGCUUGGGGAAGCCUUGAUGCACUGAUAGGUCGAUUAAGAGCAGCUUUUGAAGAGAAUGGAGGAAAACCAGACACAAAUCCAUUUGGUGCAAGAGCUGUUAGGCUUUACCUUCGCGAAGUUCGUGAUCUUCAAUCGAAAGCAAGAGGUAUUAGCUACGAGAAGAAGAAAAGAAAGCGUCCACCACAACAGCAACAACAUCAGCAUCAGCAGCAACAACAGCAUCAGCAUCAGCAUCAACAGCUUCAACAAUUGCCAAUGCAAUUGCCUCUUCAUCUUUGUCAUCAUCAACACCAGCUUCCACCUCCAGGUGCAACUCAAUGAAUUAUGAAUGUCUCUUCUCAUAUCAUAUUCCAUGGAAAAAAGUUUCAAUCUCUAUAUAUCUCUACUUUAUCUUGAUGAAUAUUUAUUUUCUAAUUAAUUUAAGUACUAGUAGGUUUAGGGUUUUAUUAUUUUGUCAUUUAAGUU